AUUUGGUGCCUCCUUGUACCAAUGUCUUUGUGUUAAAAUAAAUAAAUCUGAUGUGCCUAGAUAUUCUCGAAUGAGUGGUAAUAGUAAUCAUGUAUUGCAUAAGUUUAGUCAGAAUGGCGUCACAAACAUAAUGUGACAAGUGGAGUUUUUUCGUUCAUUUUUAAGAACACAGUUUUGUGUGCAGACAUUAAUUUUAUUAUGUAGCAAACUAAAGAAAAUAUGAAUUCUUCAGUAUAGGAGUGGUUAUCCGACCAUAGAGCAUGUCCUUAGAUAAUAAGCUUUUAGCUGUUGUGUCAUGGAUUCUAAAGCUCAUUCAACUUCUGGAGCCAAUGAGAAAUUGAAUAAUAUUGGGAACUAACUCGAAGUGGGUACUCUGAUAACUUGAUCUAUAGAUAUACAUCGAACUCCUAAGUUGUAUAUUUGAUACUAUUUAGAUAUUUUAACGUGACUGUCAGCAUUCAGUGAGACUCCAGAUGAAUUUUCUGCAGUUCCUUCAUGUGAUCCAUGUUGGCAGUCAUUUUCGUUGAUCUACCCAUUCCGAAGCACUUUCUAUAGCGAAGUCAAAUUUCCUCCCUCUGGUAGAGCUUUAAAAUCUCACAAUUGUGACUAUGAAGUAUUCACUACAAAAUAGAAAUCUGUCUUUAAUUGCAGGUGAAUGACUACCACAUUCAUGAAGCAACUCACCAGAUACUUUUGCAACGUAUUUUUGUGUACGGGUCAUUUAAGUAUUCAGAUAGUAUGUACAGAAAAUCUUAAACUUGUGAUGGUCGAGUGCUUGAAUCCGAAAAUUAUAAGUCUACAAUAAAUAGGAGAAAACAAUUUCACCUAUAGCUCUUUGAUACUUUCCAGUACAUAUUUGUUAUCUGGUCAUAAUUAGUUGAAGGAUAUCAAUAUUAAAAUGUAGUCUUUGCUGAAAAACCAUGUAAAUAAAAACGUCCCUAUAUGGAUUCAGUUUCAGAAUUGUCAUCCAGCAAAUAGGAUGGUUGACCAUAGAUCUUAACGCUGCAGUGGGACACAUUUUAUCGGUGUUAAAGACGCUGAGUAAGUGUGGAACUAAGAUUUAAAAUUCUGUUUGCUUUCCAGGACCCGGUUCUAUAAAUAUUUGUUGCUAAGCUAACGAUUGUUAACAAGUUAAAACUUCAUCUAGGCGUGCGUUUGGCUGGAUUGAUUAUUGUUGUAAAUUAAGGAGUUACUGUAGCAGAAUGUUACAUUGUAUCAAAUUCACAAAUACAUCUUUGUCUUCUGAAGAGGAUUUAGAGGAAGUUUUUGAACCGUAUUCGAAAAUCCCAUGCACCACCAUUUCAGCAUUAAAAACAUUAACUAAACGUGAAGUAAUGAAAGACACUGUUAAUAUUGAGGACUCAUUAAUCUCAUUGAAUACUCAUAUGAAUCCAAACUUGUUCAGUAACAUUUACAGACUGGCGUAUGAUAAGAGCGGUAUUAUACAGAUCAUUCAACAGGUGCAAACAGAUUACCAGGAUCUAAAUAAAGCAGAUAAUAAAAAUUUACCCAGUCUUGCCAACAUUCAACAACAUUUACUUAAAUUGUCAUCAGUUUUUAUAACUUUGGAUACUUUGAGGCGAUUCAGUGACGAAAUACCACUUGAACAACUCCAAACACCAGUAAUUUUAGCCGAUAGUAAGGGAUUGAAACAUACGCCCAUAAUUAGUGGUAAUGAAAACGCUGAUAUGGAUUGUGAACAAAAAGGAAGAAAAUUAGUUGACAAAUGUUGCUUUGAACAAUUUUGUGGGCCAUCACCCUCAACAUCAACGUGUACACCUGUCCCUGAAGAAAAAAAGAAAUUCUGGUUUCCUAAUAAUAAUAAUAAUAAUAAUAAUAAUAAUAAUAAUAAUAAUAAUAAUAAUAAUAAUAAUAAUAAUAAUAAUAAUAAUAAUGUGCAAAACUGUUAA